AAAUCUCAUCAGAAGCUGCACUGCACAGCACUACUCGACAGUGAUUACUCAAAAAUGCCAAAUGAAUGGCCUAUGUGUAUCUUGUAAUCAGAUUGUUGUAAAAAAUGGCAAAAACCUACGAUUAUUUAUUUAAAUUAUUACUGAUAGGUGAUUCAGGAGUGGGUAAAACAUCUAUACUAUUUAGAUUUUCGGAAGGUGCAUUUAAUAUUUCAUUUAUAUCAACAAUUGGCAUUGAUUUCAAAAUUCGUACAAUAGACCUCGACGGGAAAAAAGUAAAGUUACAGAUAUGGGACACUGCAGGCCAAGAAAGGUUCCGUACAAUAACUACAGCUUACUACCGUGGGUCCAUGGGCAUUAUGCUUGUGUAUGAUGUUACAAAUGAGAAAAGUUUUGAAAAUAUAAAGAAUUGGAUUAGAAAUAUUGAAGAAAAUGCCAGUGCGGAUGUGGAGAAGAUGAUCCUUGGAAAUAAAUGUGAUUUAGAUGCUAAGAGACAGGUAUCAAAAGAGCGAGGUGAACAAUUAGCUGUAGAAUAUCAGAUAAAAUUUGUAGAAACAUCGGCAAAGGAUUCUUUAAAUGUAGAGUAUGCAUUUUAUACUCUAGCAAGAGACAUUAAGGCCAAGAUGGAAAAGAAACAGGAGGCAAGCAACCCGCCCGCCCGCAGCGGCGGCCACAAGCUGAACGCGGCGGACCAGCAACGCAAGCCGGCGUCCUGGCUCUCGCGCUGCACUCUGCUCUGACGCCCGCGACCUCGCUCCGGGCGGCUGCGCGUGCGCGCGCUCUGCUGCGGUAAAGCGCACUUUGGAUGCAUGCUUGUUUAGUUUACGACACCCUGACACCCUGAUUGACUAUGAUAAUUAAUGAUAUCUAAAGAGUUGACUAAAUAAUCAAGUGUAAGCAAAGUUUGGUUGGCAUACACAUGCUAGGUGCACACUUGCAUGUCUGCUACUGGUACGUGUAUACACAUGCACGUAGCUGGCAUAUCAAUGUCAAAGUUCCAGCUACUUUUGCGUUCUACUUGCAUGUGUAUUUCCACCAUUCAAUUUUUUAUUUGCAAAAAUGUUGUUUUCGCAUUGGUUGUUUAUUAACACUACUUAAGCAUAGUUCAGUCCAACAGAUUAGCCUAACCUAGGCAUGAAAAAUCUAUAAACAACUAUGUCUAAUUUAAUAUGGGAGUUAUGGUAGUUGAUUUUGAAUAUUUCAUCAAAAGUUCUACUAAAGAUUUAUAAAAUUACUAGUGUGUUGGCCAUUUCAUGAUAAAAUAUUUUGCUGAAUCAGAUACUGUUUAUUUUCUGUAUUGGAUUGUGCUAAUUGUCUAGUUGUUAGAAGUAAACAUAAUAAGAAUGUAUCCUUAGUAAAGAGAAAAAUUUUAUUAACUUUCUACACAUAAAUAAUUUAAAAAAUACAGUUAAUUUAAAAAAUUUAAAGUGUAAACUAAGCAUGAAAACAUCAAACACAAAAAUGACCCCAAAUUCUUGAUUGUGAAAACAAGAUGUAAAUUUCAAAUGAAUCAGGCUUAGCAAAACAAUGUUUUUGGUGGUACAACUACAGCAUUGUAUUUGAGGGGUUUAUUGUGAAAAUGUAUCCAAAGUGCGUCUUGUCAUUGUGGCCAGGCCAUAACCCACCUCACUAUAUUUUUCGACCUACACUUUUACCGGUGCGCGAAACCGCGCAGGGGCAGACUUGCUUUUUGUAUUUUUAUAUCUGCGUCUCUUAGUUACAAUUAAAACAGUAUUUUCGUCUAAAAUUGCCUGUAAAUGAUUUAUUUCGAAAGUGACAACUUAUUUUUAGGGCGAUAUUGUUUCUUUGUCUUUAUUAUUAAUGGUUUCAAUGGAUAUUAUUUCAAUAGAUUAUUAUUUAGCUGUACUUUUUCUUUUGCUAUUUUAAGAUUAUAUAUAUUUUAAUGUAAUAUAUACUAUUUAAUUUGAAUAAACAAUGCUUUUUUACAUAA